AUGUAUAGUCAUAUCAGUGAAUUAAAUGGUGCAUUUAACAGUGUGGCGCAUUAUGUCGCUCAAGCUCCGUUCAAUAACUGGGAAGGUUAUAAUGCUCAACAUGAUGGGCUGUCAUUUACCCCGUUUGGGAAUGGACUAGCUCAACCAAGAUUCUAUCCUGGACAGUGGGGGCCAUGUUCUGUUACAUGCGGUCCAGGUAUUUCGACCAGAGCUGUAGAAUGUGUUGCCGUUCAAGGCUUAACGUCAAAAGUAAUUAAAUUACCUGAAUAUGAGUGCGAAGGAAGCCAGAAACCAAGCUUAUUCCAACCAUGUCAAAUUCGACAAUGUCCGUUGAGUGAAUCGGUUGACGAGCCACCGACCCGUGAGACACAACUGAUUUCAUCUCGAAAACAAAAAUCUACUUUAAAAUGUAUCGAUGAAACUCGCAAAACAGCGGUUGCUUGGUCAUUUUGUGAUGCUAAACAACGACCUAUUGAUAUAAGUCGAUCAUGCAAUAAUAAUCCUUGUCCUCCAGAAUGGAGUAUUGGUAAAAUGUCUGAAUGUUCACAUACUUGUGGUGGUGGACUUCGGAGUCGGAAGGUCAGAUGCAUUCGUCGUAUAUCACGAGCUGGAAAUCCUGAAUCAACAUUAAUACUUCCUGAUUCUCAGUGUCCUUAUCCUAAGCCUCAAGACACUGAAGCCUGUGGUUUUGUUGAUUGCCCAAUUGCUUGGAAGGUAAGUCAAUGGAGUCAAUGUUCUGCGAGCUGCGAUGCAGGUGAACAACGCCGAGAUGUGGUCUGUGAGCAGCGUACUGCAGAUGGGCAAAUCCACAAGUACAGCCCACCUACCCCUUGCAAAAAUUUAGAAAAACCGCCUACAAUACAAAUUUGCAAUUUAGGUAAUCUUAUUGUCAGAUCUUGUGAUAGAGAAACUCCAUUAUCAUUGUUAUCGAAAGAUGUUGAGCAGCAGCACAAACAUCAUCGCAAACUUACUUUUAAUAUUGGGGGGCACGCGAAUCUCUAUCAGGGAACCUCAAUAAAAGUCAAAUGUCCUGUCCGAAACUUUACUAAAAGUAAUAUACAAUGGAUGAAGGAUGGUCGAAUAAUUAGUAAUAAUGCGCAUACUAAAGUUUCAACAAACGGUGCACUACGCAUCUUCCAUGCUCGCAUGGAGGAUGCUGGUGUAUAUACGUGUUUGGCUGGUGACGUUCAAGGAAAUGUGACGCUUGCUUUCAAACCACGUGAUUCCACCAAGGUUGCAUUUAUAAAAAAUCAGGAAAAAAGCAAUGAAUUUCAACCGCCGAUUAGCAGUACUUUGCAAGAUAGCACCGAUAUUCUUAUGGAUAAGACAAUACUUGAAGAUAUAUGCAUCAGUAUAUUGCAGAGAAUCCGCGAAUCACUGAAAAAUAAUGGCGAUUCAAGGAUGCUGGGUAAAUUGGCUGAUAUUUAUGACCCAGUAAAAAUCAAGUAUUAUGAGACUGGUAUUGAAGCUCUGAAUUUCAGAUUGAUUACGCUUCUGGUGAGUGGUCAAUAUGCUCACAAAACCAUUGCGGUUCGGCAACUAAAAUGUCGAGUGAAUUACGAAGGCUCAGUUGCAUACGUGGAUAAUGAAAUUUGCGAUAGCUUGGGAGUGAUGCGUCCACCUUCAUCCAGAAGUUGUACGCUUGCACUUUGUCCUCACUGGGAAGCAUCUAAAUGGAGCGAGUGCACACUAUCUCGCUGUAUUCGAUACGCUAUAUCGUUACAAAAACGUGAUGUGAAAUGCUUAUAUGAAAAUGGAAGUAUCGCCAACUACAGUCAGUGUGAUCGAAGCAAUCGACCAAAAGUGAAGAAAGAAUGUGUUAAUCUUUGUCAUGAUGUUUUUUUUGACUUUAGAGUGAGGCUUCUCUCACUCAAAGAUAGAGGUGUAGAUAGAGUUAAUUCUGAUGCGAAUCCAACAUGA